GUCCCGGAGGAGACAGCGACCCCUUCUCAUGUAAUGGGGUUGGGCCAUCCCAAGGAUCCCGGAAAGCACGGACGGUGUUAGUGGGGGAACAGGAAGUUCCGGACAGAAGCGCACCAUUCUUCAGUGUAAAGAAAGCGCCAAAACGGUGCAGUCAAGAAGAUAGCAUUUGUGUCCGUUUCUAUUUAUUACUACAGGUAUGGAAUAGGUUUAAACUUUAUAAUAUCGAAAGAACAUGUGAUACCAUUUUAGGGGAUACAUCUGAUACGGUAUUAUCACGUUUGGUAAAGAUUAAGUCUGAGGCCGGUAACAUCAACAGUGAGGACAGACCCAGCCUGCCUCUCUCCUUCCACACUGAGUCCAAACCUACAGUCACUGGGUCCUGAUUGUGACAGUGGAGCCCAGUUUGCACUGCAGGAUCCAGAGAUGGCAUCAGUGAAGCUGGAAGACUGCAGUCAAACACUGGAGUUGAAUGUCAACAUUAAAGAUGAAGAGGAGGAGGAGAAGAUUGGGAAAUCUGUUUCUCACAGACAACUAGAAUUAAGUCUGAGGCCGGUAACAUCAACAGUGAGGACAAACCCAGCCUGCCUCUCUCCUUCCACACUGAGUCCAAACCUACAUUCACUGGGUCCUGAUUGUUACAGUGGAGCCCAGUUUGCACUGCAGGAUCCAGAGAUGACAUCAGUGAAGCUGGAAGACUGCAGUCAAACAUUGGAACUGAAUGUCAACAUUAAAGAUGAAGAAGAGAAGAUUGGGAAAUCUCUAUCUCAAGGAGACCGUGUUGAGACAUUCUCUACAUCCAGAGAGAAACAGCAGGAAGAUAAUGGAGCUAAGAGGUCUCACCACUGCCCACAUUGUGAGGAGAAUUUUUCAGUUCUAUCAAAACUAAAAAUACACCUAAAAAUACACCUAGGAGAGAAUCUGUAUUCCUGUACUGACUGUGGGAAGAAUUUCUCUACAUCAAAGGUUCUGACAGUUCAUCAGAGAGUGCAUACAGGAGAAAAGCCUUACUCCUGCUCUGACUGUGGGGCGAGUUUCUCUCAACUGGGCACCUUAAAACGACAUGAACGUGUACACACAGGAGAGAAGCCUUACUCCUGCUCUGACUGUGGAAAGAGUUUCUCUCGACCCGAUGACUUAAAAACACAUGAACGUAUACAUACCGGAGUGAAGCCUUACUCCUGCUCUGACUGUGGAAAGAGUUUUUCUCGACUGGGCCACUUAAAAACACAUGAACGUAUACAUACAGGAGUGAAGCCUUACUCCUGCUCUGACUGUGGAAAGAGUUUCUCUCAACUGGGUGAAUUAAAAAUACAUGACCGUAUACAUACAGGAUUGAAGCCUUACUCUUGCUCUGACUGUGGAAAGAGUUUCUCUCAACUGGACAGUGUGAAAACACAUGAACGUAUACAUACAGGAGUGAAGCCUUACUCCUGCUCUGACUGUGGAAAGAGUUUCUCUAAACUGGACAACUUAAAAAGACAUGAACGUAUACAUACAGGAGUGAAGCCUUACUCCUGCUCUGACUGUGGAAAGAGUUUCUCUCGACUGGGCCACUUAAAAACACAUGAACGUAUACAUCCAGGAGUGAAGCCUUAAAAUGCUUCACAUCAACUCACUUAAAAGUUAAUCAGAGAACACAGAUGGGAGAGAAGCCUUACUGCUGCUCUGACUGUGGAAAGAGUUUAUUUUGAAUGUGCCAGUUAAAGACACCAAGGUAAACAUAAAGGAGAGAAGACUUACACUGAGCUAAAAGUUCAUCAGGGAACACACACAGGAGAGAAGCCUUACUUCUGCUCUGACUGUGGCAAGAGUUUCUCCGGAUUGACAAUUUAAAGACACACCACCUGAUACACACAGGAGAGAAGACUUAUCACUGCACUGACAGUGAGUUGAGAUUCUACAAUUUGGGCAAUUUAAAAAGACACCAAUGUUUACAUAAAGGAGAGAAGCCUCAUCAGUUCUCUCAGACCAGCUAAGAUUAGACACUCCACUUAAUUAUCAUCUCAUAAAAUAAUUGGCGAUGUUGAAUUGGAUCAAAUGAAGAAAGUGUAGAACACUCUAUUGUAAUCCUAUUGUUUCUCACUGUGAGAGAACUGUGCAGAGGAAAGGGAGUGUUAUAGAAUGUUAGCCUCUCUUUACUUUAGUGAUCAGUGUGCACCUGGUCAGUUUUGGUGUGUUUUGUUAGCUUCUACUGGAAAGAUAUUGAGAUGAUCUUGGAUUUGCCCUUAAGGUUGAAUAUCCUCUGUGAGGCGUCUCACAAUGGAGUCUGAUGGUUGACUGGGUGGUACUGCUUCCCUCUGCAGUUUUCUGUGGGAAUGAGCUGGUAGACACAACCUACACUGAGUGUACAAAACAUUAAGGACACCAUGACAUAGACUGACCAGGUGGAUCCAGGUGAAAGCUAUGAUCCUUAAUAAUGUAGUUGUGGUGUAUUUAUUAUGGAUCCUCAAUAGCUUUCAGUAGAAAACAAGAAACUGCGGUUGCAGUGGGCUAAGGAAUGAAAACACUGGAAAAUUGGGAACAUAUUGCCUGGUCUGAUGAAUCUCCCGGUUCCUGCUGGUUCCUGCAGUUUCACGCUGAUGGGAGGACUAGAGUAUGGAGGAAACCACGAGUACAUGCAUCCAGUGGUGGAAAAAGUACCUAACUGUCAUACUUGAGUAAAAGUAAUGAUACCUUAAUAGAAAAUUACUCAAGUGAAAGUCACACAUUAAAAUACACCUUGAGUAAAAGUAUUUGGUUGUAAAUAUACUUAAGUAUCAAAAGUUAAAGUAUGAAUAAUUUUAAAUUCCUUAAAUUAAGCAAACCAGAUCGCACAAU